AUGCCACAACAGAAGCAGAGAUCUUGUGAACCUCCAGAUGCUCCCAAAUGUUUCCCUCCCCAGUACCCAAACCCCAGUCUGGCUCCUUGCUGCACUUCCUGUUCAGGAGGCUCUUGUCUCAGUUCCCCAAAGUCCCAGUCUCAAAGAACAGCCCGCCCUGGGAGGGCUCGAAGGAAACCCCAUUGCCUCCGUGGUAAUACCAUCUACCAUAUCAAAGAGGAAGAAUGUUGA